GCUUCCGAGAACUACCUUAGCUUUCAUAAGAACGUUCUAGUAGGGAUCAACCUUCAUUAUCAGGUACGCAAAGCCUCAUGGACGUGCCAGCGAGGUUGAGACGGCUGAAUUAUGGCGGAUGAUGGCCUACUCGACAAGGUCCACGCUCUGAGUGAUCUCGAGCUGGCCUUACUCCUUUGUCUAAUUAGUCGCGAACACUGUCUUGUCAGCACACCAUCCGAUGCCAUCGACGACUUGAUUCAGGAGCUACAGCUUGUAGCUACAAAGACAUUCGGCCUCACUUGGGUCGUGAUCGAUUGCACUCCCUCCACGACGCUCGAAGACUUGGCCUCUGCUCUUCUUCUAGGCAAUGCGGCUUCUCCAUCUAGUCACUCUCCGACAGCAUCGCGCCAUCCCGACUCAUACUUUACGUCGAGGCCAUCAACGUCGCAUCCGCGCACGCCCCUCAGUCCUCUAACCCCCAGUGGUGCGUUUACGUCUCGAAUUGCCAACGUGGUUUUCGCAAAGAAUCUCGAUCGAGCACCACAAGCUGUACAGAUCCAGGCGCUGGAACUUCUACGUACCCGUCGUAUCUUUACACGAACUUCUGUUCAGACAGCUCCGAAACAAUUCGUCUUUAUUCCGGUCCUAGAGGCAACUAGUGGAGGCGAAGCUCGUGUGACGGCGCACCUAAAUGAUUUCUUAUAUAUAGCCUAUUGGCAUAAUCCCGAAGAUGGGUUCGUGAAUUUGGAGGAGGCAGAUGGUGGCAAUGAUGCCGAUACUGCCUCUACGGGUAGUGUCGUGAAAAGGGGUCCUGGAGAAACCAGCUCAGAUCCACCCCUGAUUGUCGAAAGCGAUAUCAGUUAUCUUGGUACACUCAGUAAAGAGGCACAAGUAGAUGUCGAAAUCAUCCGCUACCAGAUGAACAUCAUCUCAUUCCUUCGAAUGCACCGAGCUGUUGCCGGGGGUAUCAGUCCUACAGCCACAAAACACUUUGGUCAACUCAUGCGUUGUUUAGCUGCUUUGCAUCGUCUAGACUUUGUAACACCAGCUCUAGUUGGCCUCGCUGCCCGCAAGGUGUACUUACACCGAGUACAGCUGACUCCUCCUGAAAAGGAGAGGAGCAUGCAAUGGGGGAGUAGACUUGAAGCAGUAGAAGCCCUAUUAGAAGAUAUCGGUCCCGAGGAUGUGAUUGAAGAUGUUUUGGGCAUGGUGACCGCGCCGGUCUAAGGUCGCUACCUUGUAUUAAUUAAUUCUAUAAUAUGCUACACGCCGUGGCAAGUCGAGGACUCCAGUUCCCCCAUGAAGCCACCCAUGACGUGCAAUCUCGUUCAUCUUUUGUUCAUGCUG